AUGUACACGGGGAAAGCGCCGUACAUGCAUACCUGGCGCCGGGAAGACGAAACAGACUUGUCCGGACAAGCAAACACGAUGGACAGCACUCCAGGGUCCUCGGAUGUGCUCAACCCCCUUACGCCGAUGGCUUUCUUGGAACCCAAGCUCGCGAAUCAGAACAUGAUCUCGACGUACGUCUACGUCGGUAGCCUUUCCGUGCUGCUGUGGGAUGUUCUGAGUAACCUCCGUAAAGACUUGCCUCUCGUGUUUCGACUUCCUGUGAGACUUCCGGGGGUCGUCUUCGGUUUAUCGAGGCUGUCCGCCCUUGUUUUCAUGUUCUGUUCUGCGAUAUUUCAGACCGCAGCCAUUGAUAUUCCUUGCAAGCGGUACGGCAUGAUCGUGGACUGGCUGUUCGCUGUCGUCGUCCCGAUGACUUCUUUGCUCUUCCUGAUACGUAUAUACGCUAUUUUCAACGGGAACAGACGCGUCCGCACCUUCUUUACCGUCAUGUGGUUGGCCGUCUUUGCGGGCUCGUUGACACCGGGACUAGGGCUUACUGCUGCAAACAUAGGACCAACAAAGUAUUGCAAGCAAGUGAACGUAGAGUCGUAUGUUGCGGCAGCUGCUGUUAUUCCGCUGGUGAAUGACACGCUGGUGUUCCUCGCCAUCUCGUGGAAGCUGAUGAAAAAUGCGCACCUGGAAUUACAUCCUAUGAGGAGAACGGGAUUUCGAGUGUUCUUCCGUGGGGAUUAUCUCCCUUCUUUUUCACGGGGACUCCUACAAGACGGGCAGGUCUAUUAUCUGUAA